AUGUCAGCGCCGGUGCUACCCAAGAGUGCCGAGCUCUACCUCAUCGGCUCACUCUCUCGCAAACUAGCAGGUAAAAAGAUUCGCAUCGUCGGCAGAGUCGCCGCAGUAGAUCCCGCUUCUGCCAUCGUCGUCCUACAACAUGGCACGCAUGCCGUCCAGGUAGAUCUAUCCGAUAUACUGGUCGGCAACUUCGAUGGCAGUGAGGCGUCGUCUACUUUUCUACCCGAUCUCAAGCAAACGCUCAUGAUCAUGGCCUAUAUCGAGCUCAGCGAUGCAGAAUGGCAGCGACCGCUUAGAGGCACACCGACAGUACAGCCAGGCUUCGUCCUUCGCGCUAUGUUUACAAAGGAAGUCAUCGACUUUGAUUGGGCUGCCUGGGAAGAAGCGCUCGCACUCGAAGAGUCGACGAGAUCGCUGAGGACGGCCGCCUGA